CGAGCCGGCUGCGCGGCGGCCGUGGUUGCGAUGUGAGUGGGGCCGGGGCGGGAUGGUGCUGACCUGGACAGGGUCGUCUUCUUACAGCUGGACCGCGAGCUCUUCAGUCCGCCGGACUGGGGGCGAGGCGGCGCCGCUAGAGAGGGUUGAAAAGCAACUGGAUUAUGUAUUUCAUUUUGGAAUCUCAAAGCAGUUGGCAAAGAGUAAAUUCUUCCUUACACUGUCAUCAUCAGGGGGAACAAUAUAUUUUUAACAACAAGAAUCAAUAACUGGAAGUACAAGAUUUGGUUAUUUAGUAAUGUUAAAAUGAAGUUUUAAUCAGCAGAGGUGCUGUUACCAGAUUUGCCUUCUGGGUGUUAAUUAAAAAUGACUGAAGUUCAAGCAAUGGUAGAAUUCUCUGUGGAGCUAAACAAGUUCUACAAUGUGGAUUUAUUCCAGAGAGGGUUUUACCAGAUUCGUGCAUCUAUGAAAAUUCCACCAAGAAUUCCCCAUAGAGUAGAAGCCAGUUUGUUGCAUGCAACAGGUAUAACUUUGGCCUUUCCAGCUUCAGUUCAUGAUUCUUUCAUUUGCAGUAAAACAUUUCAAAUUCUGUACAAAAAUGAAGAGGUUGUUUUAAAUGAUGUUAUGAUCUUCAAAGUUAAAAUGUUGUUGGAUGAAAAAAAGAUUGAAGAAACUCUUGAGGAAAUGAGUUUUCUAUUAUCCUUGGAUCUGCACUUCACAGAUGGUGAUUAUUCGACAGAUGAUCUGAACGCCUUGCAACUAAUAAGUAGCCGAACACUGAAGCUGCACUUCAGCCUCUAUAGAGGACUUCAUCAUCAUGUUAAUGUCAUGUUUGAUUAUUUCCACCUUUCUGUUGUGUCUGUUACUGUCCAUGCAUCAUUGGUUGCACUACACCAGCCACUAAUAAGCUUUCCUCGCCCUGUGAAGACUACUUGGUUAAACCGAAAUGCACCAGCACAAAACAAAGAUUCUGUGAUUCCUACUCUUGAAAGUGUGGUCUUUGGUAUCAACUAUACAAAACAGUUAUCACCAGAUGGUUGCAGUUUCAUCAUUGCUGACUCCUUCCUGCAUCAUGCCUACCGUUUCCAUUACAGCCUUUGUGCCAUUUUGCUGCUAGCCUUCAAGGGAUUGCACAGCUACUUCAUUACGGUAACAGAAGAGAUUCCCUCUUGUCAGAAACUAGAACUGGCCAAAGCCAACAUGCAGGUCCUAUAUGAACGCCUUCUCAGAAGAAAACAGCCAGGAACCCAGAAAGACUUCUGUGUAGAAGAAAUGGAUGUAGAAGCUCGACUUACUGAACUAUGUGAAGAAGUUAAGAAAAUAGAAAAUCCUGAUGAACUGGCAGAACUUAUAAAUAUGAAUCUUGCACAGCUCUGCUCACUUCUGAUGGCUUUAUGGGGGCAGUUUCUAGAAGUUAUAACAUUACAUGAAGAACUCAGAAUAUUAUUAGCACAGGAACACCAUACUUUAAGGGUUCGCAGAUUUUCUGAGGCAUUCUUUUGUUUUGAACAUCCAAGAGAAGCCGCCAUUGCCUAUCAAGAACUUCAUGCUCAGAGUCAUCUACAGAUGUGCACCGCUAUCAAAAAUACUUCCUUCUGCAGUUCUCUUCCACCCCUACCUAUUGAAUGUAGUGAAUUAGAUGGAGAUCUCAAUUCAUUACCUAUAAUCUUUGAAGAUAGGUAUUUAGAUUCAGUUAUUGAAGACUUAGAUGCACCCUGGAUGGGAAUUCAGAGUCUUCAGAAGUCAGAGUCCAGUAGAAUGGAUAAAUAUGAGAAUGAAGAAAGCUCUGUAGCAGGACUUUCUAGCCCAGAGUUGAAGGUCAAACCUGCUGGUGCCUCCAGUAUUUGGUACACAGAAGGUGAAAAGCAGCUAACAAAACCUCCAAAAGGAAAGAAUGAAGAAUCAAAUAAAUCCAAGGUUAAGGUUGCUAAGCUCAUGAAAACAAUGAAACCCGAAAACCCCAAAAAAUUAAUAAAACAGAACUCUAAGGAUUCUGUGAUUUUAGUAGGCUACAAAUGUUUGAAAAGUACAGCAUCAAAUGACCUCACUAAAUGCUUUGAAGGCAAUCCUUUGCAUAGUCAGAAGGAUGGUCUGGAUCCCACAAUGUGUGGAUAUAAUUUUGACCCAAAGUCCUGCAUCAGACAGACAAGUCAAAAUGAAGCUAGCUAUUUGCCAACUAAUACAGAGAGAACUGAACAAAAGUCUCCAGAUAUUGAAAAUAUACAGCCAAACCAGUUUAAUCCUUUGAACUCUGGCAGCCUAAAUCUUUGUGCAAAUUUGUCCAUUUCAGGUAAACUUGAUAUCUCCCAGGACGAUAGUGAAAAUACACACCUGGAUCACAAUAUGGCAUGCAGAAGUUCAUCAGAUGAUUGCCAUGAACAUCAGACAGCCCCAUCUUCGGGAGUUAAAACGAUUGAAAUAAACCCCUGUAAUAACAGUCCUCUCAGUGGAGAAAUAAUCACUGUUCAAAGAGGGCCAUGGGCUGAGCUUCGACAAGAUGCAAUGUUUGUGGACAAUUUACUACCCAGCUUUGAGUCUUUAGACUCUAAUGGUAAAUUUAAAUCUGUAGAAACAACAGUUGAAAAGGAAACUUUGCAAGAAGCAAAGUGUCGUUUUGUUGGAGAAUCACUAGCAAAAUUAAGAAGUAAUCCAUCUGCUCCUUCUACAAAAGAAUAUCAUGUUGUAGUAAGUGGAGAUACAAUUAAGUUACCAGACACUAAUAGCACCUAUGCCUCAUCUAGAUUUUCAGAUUCGGGUGUCGAAAGUGAACCAAGUUCUUUUGCAACACAUCCAAACCUUGAUAUAGUCUUGGAAGCCACACAAGAACAAGGUCCUUUCAAUAAUGAAAGAUUACUUCCUCAGCUUUUGAUGAAACCUGAUUGUAACGUAAAGUUUUCUUUAGGAAGCCAUUGCACUGAGAGUACCAGUGCUUUAAGUGAAAUACAGUCAUCUUUAACAUCUAUAAACUCUCUACCUUCUGAUGAUGAACUGUCACCUGAUGAAAAUUCUAAGAAGUGUGUUGUACCUGAAUGUCAUCUAAGCGAUAGCAAAACUGUAUUAAAUCUAGGAACAGUUGAUUUGCCAAAAUGUGAUGAGACAAAGAAGUCAAGCAUUAUUUUGCAACAGCAGAGUGUUGUGUUUUCAGAACAUUUGGACAGUGAAACUUUAGCAAUACAUUCCUUAAAUUCAAGCACUAAGGACCCUUUGCAACUUGUUUUUUUAGAUAAAGAUACUUCCAGUGAUGUGGAAAGUAGUUGCAGCUCCAAACCUAAAUUUGACACUACAUAUAAAGGCCCUCAGAGUCCUGAUAAAUCUAAUAACUCUGCAAGAACAGCAAUGUUAAAUCCAAAACUGAUUUGUUUAGGCACUUCGUGUGUUGUUUCAGGUUCUGUUUCUACUAAUGCAGAGGGUAGUAAAGAUGGAACUGUGGAAGGAAAAAACAGUGAUCCAUUACAUCUCAGGGAGCUCUAUUUAGAAGCUCCUACAGUUCAAAGUGAAAUUCAUGUGGAUACAAGUGACCCUUUUUCACCCAGUACUGAUCUGGUGAAGCAAGGGCUUGUGGAAAACUACUUUGGUUCUCAGAACAUUACAGAUAUUUCUGGCACAUGUAAUGUUAGCUGUGACAAUUCAGUUAUCUCUCAAAAGGAAACUUGUCAAAAAGGAAUUAGUAACCUUCAGCAGGAACAAGGUAAUGAGGAUGAAGAGGAUGAACAGGAUCAACGAAUGGUUCAAAAUGGGUAUUAUGAAGAAACAGAUUGUCCAGCUUUGGAUGAAACAAUAAAUGCUCCCUAUACCAGCAGAGAUCCACUAGCAGAAGAAAGACUUAUAAAGUCAGAGAAAUUAAAGAGUGACUAUUUGAGAGAUGGUAUGAAUAUGCCUAUUGUUUGUACUUCUGGGUGUUUAUCGUUCCCAUCUGCACCACGAGAGUCUCCUUGUAGUAUUAAAUAUUCUUCUAAAAGUAAAUUUGAUGCCAUUACAAAGCAGCCAAGCAGCAUUUCUCACAACUUUACUUCUUCAAUUUCGUGGUAUGAGAAUUCGCCAAAACCUCAAAUACAAGCCUUUCUUCAGGCAAAAGAAGAACUGAAGCAACUCAAGCUCCCCGGGUUUAUGUACAGUGACGUUCCUCUGCUGGCGUCCUCGGUGCCAUAUUUCAGCAUGGAGGAAGAGGACGUCUCUGAAGACGGAGUGCAUCUCAUCGUCUGCGUGCAUGGCUUAGAUGGUAACAGUGCAGACCUCCGAUUAGUAAAAACUUACAUUGAACUUGGACUGCCUGGAGGAAGAAUUGAUUUUCUUAUGUCUGAGAGAAAUCAGAAUGAUACUUUUGCUGACUUUGAUAGCAUGACGGAUCGCCUUUUGGAUGAGAUAAUACAGUAUAUUCAGAUAUAUAGUUUGACGGUGUCAAAAAUAAGCUUUAUUGGACAUUCAUUGGGCAAUUUAAUAAUCCGUUCUGUGCUUACGAGGCCGAGAUUUAAAUAUUACCUCAGCAGACUUCAUACCUUUCUGUCUCUUUCUGGACCUCACCUUGGUACACUCUACAAUAGCAGUACUCUUGUUAAUACAGGUCUCUGGUUUAUGCAGAAAUGGAAAAAAUCAGGUUCCCUUUUGCAACUGACAUGUCGAGAUCACUCAGACCCUCGCCAAACGUUUUUAUAUAAGCUUAGUAAUAAAGCAGGUGUCCCCUUCUAUCCAGUCUCAUUUCCUCAUUAAACAAAAUGAUCUCCUAAAAAUUUAAUCAGAGAAUACCGGGCAUGUUUGGAAUCUUGCAUGUUAUUCUGUGGCAUUCACAACAGAGUUCAUAUUCCAAGCACAGAUUCUGGAUCCUGAUGGCUUGCUGUGUUUCUUCAUCUUGCCGUGCAGUCUUAUCUAUAUUCAUGCUACCAUAACCUAAAACUCCUUUACCAUAACCUAAAACUACUUUAACCUGUGUGUUUUCUGCCCCUGUUCCUACUCAUGUAUUUAUCCUUUUUUGAAUUAAUGUUCUUUGUGUCCUAAAAUUAAACUGAAAUACCACGUUUUAUCAAAACAGUUUCUUGAUUUAUAAGUUUCUUAUUUACUGUUGGUUCACUCUCAGGUAUCCCAUAUAUACCUUUAUAUUCCAAACCUAUAUUUCUGAGACUAACCUCAGUAGUGAAUUUUAGUCCUCAUUUGCCUGCUAGAUAGGUGUCUCUUUACAUCACAAACUAAUAUGUUUAAAGCUGAAUCUAUAAUCUUCUUUUGCUAGCUGUUUUUUUUUAGUAAGUGAUCCCAGUACAUAAUGAUUAUUUUUAUUAUGCCGAGUUUAUAACAUGUACGUAACCUGAAGUCGUUUUUGUCCACUUCCCCUUCGUUGUCAAUCAUUUAUAUUUCUUAACCUCCUUUCCUUAAGUAGGAUCUGUUGUGACACUUUUUUUCCCAUUCCUCCCAUACCUAUUUAAUAUUUAAUAUAGUUCUUCCUAGUAGACUUUCAGUACAUGCCCAUUGCGCUGAUGAAUAAAUCAAUGAAUUAUCUUACAGUAUUUUUUUCAGUACCUGAAAGCAAUUCAGAUAUCACAUAGUAAGAUAGAUCAAAUCAAAUGCAAUGUAUAUAUAAUUCUCAUAUGAGAGAAACUUCAGACUUUAGCUAGAACCAUUGUGUGUAGCUUAGCAUUAAGCUGCUGACAGUUUAGGAUAUAGGUAAAAUGACCAAGUUGAAGCUAAACAUCCCCUUUUAGGCAAAGUAUGCCUUUUCAGGCUCCUGUAGUCCCAGGUACUGGGAAGCUGAAGGUGGGAUAAUCACCUGAGUCCAAUAUUUCCAGAAAAACCUGUGUAACAAGAAUCUAUCUCCAGUAUUUAAUUAUAUAUCAAUAUAAGGAAAGGUAGCAGCAGACACAUGUAGCACAUUAUUAAAUAUAGCUUCUUUAACUUUCAGGGGUAGAAACACUGCCUGAACUGUGCAAAGAGGACUCUGAAACACAAUGAGGUUGUGUGGCUUGUCUGAGAUCAUAUAGUAGUAAGUCAUCAUGCAGCUAGUCAGCCAACAGUGUUGUCAUGAUGAGCUAAUUACGUAUUUUCAAAAACUUUAGAAGCUACUUCUAAUUUCAGUUUUAAACACCAAGAGUUUUUUAUCAAGUGAUUUUAAAGUUUUAGUACUUACAAGGGUUGAAGGAAGUCUUUUGAACAAUGAUUUUUUUCCCUUUUUUAUGUUUUGUUUUUUGUCUCGUCAAUUGUGAGAAAUAGUUUCUAAACUAGUACAGGAAAUACACAUAAAAUAUAUAGGUUCACACCAGCAACGUAAGUAAGUAAACAGAACAGAGGAAAAGAGCACAUAAUCAAAUUUACAUAACAGAUACUCUUUUUAAGCAUUUUAAAAUAAUCAGAAGCAGUCACUUAUGUUUUAUUCUUCUAAAGCUAUACCAGGCAGGGUGAUACAUACCUGUGAUCCAGUGUUCAGGAAACUGAGGCAGGAGGAUUACCAUGAGUUCCAAGACCAGCCUGAACUACAUAAUAAAUUCAAGGGAGCCUAACUACAUAGGAAGACCCUAUCUCAAAAACAAGUAAAAAAAAUCUACAUCGUUGUGGUUGCCCUUUUUUGAUCAGUACUUCCAUUUCUUCUGAACAACUAAUUUGCCAUUCUCUUGGAAAACCUUAAAUUACCUGUCUCAAUCAAAAUUCAACCUUUUUCCUUCUUCCCUUUUUCAUGUAAGAAAAGCCCCCAGCUGUGACCCUGCCUUUUGAAAGUCUUUUUUUCUGCAAGUUUAUAGCUUUCCUUGAUUGAAGUUAUUUGUUAUUAUUAAAUGAAAACAUUUUUAAAACUUAAAAUAAUUUGCAAGAUUUCUAAAAUAAAUAGUUUUUUAUUAAAAUAUGUAUUUUUUACAUAUGAUGAUUGCUUUUUUUCUAUUUUUAUAUUUAUACAUGGUGGAUCUAGUAAAGAAUCACAGAAAUGUUAUUUUUUAAAGGAAAAUACGUUUUUGAUUAAGGUAUUAUAAACAUGAAGCAAAUUUUUAAAACAAUUUUGAGGGAUACUAGGGAUUCAACCCAGAAUGCUACACUUGCUAGACAAGUGCUGUGCAACUGGACAACACUUUUAGAUUUUUUUUUUUUUUUUUUUUUUGAGACGGGGUCUUAUUAAGUUGCCCAGGCUGGCCUGAAAUUUGUGAUUGUCCUGCCUGCCAUUCCCAAGUAGCUGGAAUUACAGACAUGCAUCACUGAACCUUGCUUAUAGCAAACUGUCACACACAGAGACACAUUCUGCAAACUGCUGUGUGUGUGUAUCUCUAACAAUAUACUGUUAGUAGAUGUUAGUGUGAAUACUAACAUCUCAGCAUUGAAUAUCAAGGGAAAGAAGAUAAAAGAUCUAGAGUGAUAUGAAAGUAAAUGAUUAUAGAGAGCAAUUAAGGACACCAGAUCUAAAGUAGACAAGAUUACUGAAACAGAGGGGAUCAUGGGCACUACUGAAUGCUAUGAUUAGGGUGCAAAAAAUAGCCAAGUAAUCAUCUAUCCAUUAGUAGAAUUUCAAAAACAAAUUAUCCUUUAAGAUCUACCUAAAAGCAUUUAUUUAGAGUCUCUUUAGCAGCUAUUGAAUUCUGACAAAUAAAGUAUAAUGAUUAAAGAAGUAUCCUACUGUGCUACUGUGGCACAUAUUAUCUUUUUUUCCACAAGAUUAGAGUGUAAAUAGGUAUCACUUUGAUAUAUAAAUAACAUGUUCUGUUUCUCUAAGUGUAGGAAGAAUCAGCAAUAGCCAACAUUAUUUGAGAAGCAAAUUCUUUCAAAUGUAUUUAAAAUAAAUGAGAAUGGUCUAA